AUUUGCUUCCAUAGCCUUUGUCCAACCAAGAACAAAAUUACAAGGCAGCAUUUGUUUGAUUUUGGAGUUGUCUGUAAUAGAAGAGUGGCUGUCCCCAGCUAACGAGACUUUCAUCGGGUGAGCCCACCCUCACCCCGAAGAGAUGCCUGGAAGGUACUCUGGCCUGUCUGUCCAGGAACUGGUGAAUAUCCGGUGUCCCAGCGAGAAGCCCAACAUUUGCCUGCGGUAUGGCGUCUUCUGUAGGCUCUCUGAGUUCUGCUCAGCAGACGUGUGUGAGAGCUGCUUCCCGCUGGAGGCGAAGGCAGAUCUUCUGGGGUGGUGUAGGACCGUGGGUCAGCACAACGUGUCACACAUGAGACAUGCGCACUGUCGUCUGGCCUGUCAGGACAUCUACACGUCUGACAUGCUUAGCGAGAAGAGAUCGAUAAACAACCAACACAAUAUAAGCUCGGCUGCCGUUUUAAUUAAAGACACCGAUGUAUCGUCUCUUUCUCGUUUUGAGAUUAUUGCCAUCCUGUCGUUGGCCAUCUCCCUAUUAUGUGUUGUCUCUAUGGCCAUAUGGAUCAUUAUCUUCUACUGGCGUCACCAUAACAACAAAACUAUGUCAGCUUCAAAGAAAGGGCCAACUCUUCAAGGUCAUGUUCGUGUAGGACUGGAGAGAAUGGAUUCCAUAUCUUUAAGAGAACACAGAAUGUUGCUGGUGGAUCAAGCACGGGAGGGCAACACACCAGACGAUAGGAGGGUUAAUGACGUCAUUGUGUGACAUCAUGCACGGCUGGCACAACAAGCUUGCUGAACAGACAUAUAGUCGUUUGGUUUUAUAAUUUAAAAAAUGACAUUAUAAGAAAUGACGUGUAAUGGUUGUAAUCUUUUUUUAAAAAAUGUUUCGUUUUUAUUAUUUUAUUUUUUAUUUGAAAAAAGUCUGAAUUAGAAAAAAAAUCGAACAUAUUUUGUAAAAAUGAUGGUAAUCAUUUACAUGUGAUUGAAUGUAAUAAACUGUGACAUCACACCAUCUGCACCCCCAUCCUCUCAUCACACACCGUCACAAAAUUACGCCCCCCCC